AUUUAUGAUCCAUCAACUGUUUGUUAAAUUGCCUCAGACAAAGUGGUACAAGGUUGGGGAUCCCUUGAAUAUAGAGCAUAAUUGAGGUGUGGUGAAAAUUUUGUCGGGGCAAGGAGGUGGGGCAGAGGACCUACCCACCUACCCACCACACCACCCUUCAUCACCACCAUCACAACCAAUCCCUUUUAAUCAAUCCUCUUCUGUUCAUGUGCACACCACCCUCAAGAAUUCUUGUGCUUUGGCGCUGUUGUGUUUCCAUUUCUUGGGGGUGUGUGUGGACCAAUCAGAGCCUCAAUUGUAACUACCACGAAUCUGUUAUAGGAACAAAAUAUUCUAAUAACAAGAUUUUAUUAUUCAAUUUCCCAAGAGAUUCUUGAGAUAUGGGUCUUUGCAUCUAGACUUAUCUUCAUCUUUGUUCCUUUUUUUUUUCUUUUCUUUUCUUGCCAAUCCCGUUUUCCAGGUGUCAGAAAACCUGAUACAGAUCUUGGUGCCCCCACCUUAUUUAGCUUCCUUGCUUCAACUCCUUCAUAGGACCCAUCGCUAACAAUUCAAUCUUUCAUUGAAUGACAGCUGUUAACUUUGUCUGUACGGUUGUGCUCCUUUUUGUUGUGGGAAGCCAAUAGGAGGGAGAAAACUGUUUCAAAGGUUUGUUUAAUCUUUUUUCUUUAUUUGCUAUUAUACAUAGUUACACAACAGUGUUCAAGCCUUCAAGUCAAGGCAAUUUCCACCCAAGUUCGUCGGUGUGUGUGGUUGUGUACCUUGUUCAAACUUUGGGGUAAGGAGGCCCACCAUUGGGGUUUUGGUGGGGUUUCUUUGAACCAAAAGAAAAGUAGAAAACCCAUCUUUAAAAGGUGUUUGAAGAUUCCAAUUUGCUUCAGUUUGGGUUAAAUAGUUUGGUUUUUUUUUUUUUAUAAGCUAUUGCCUUUCUGCAAUUGGCUUCUCCACUGACUCUAUAGUCUAGCCACCCUCUCUCUCUUAUCACAUAUGCCAAAUCCAAUUUUGACCCGUAAAAGACUUUCUAUAUUCUAAUGCUACUUUACUUCAUAACUUGCAUCUCCUUCUUCUUGUUUUUAAAGUCUCUCCUUCUCAAACCACUCCCAUCAUGGGCAACUGAGAUGAGGUUGUUUCCCCUUUUGUUUUCUCAAGAGUUGUCUGUGAGAACCAUCUCCAAGUUGUUCAGGAACCGCUUUUGGCUUGGUUUUCUGUGUCAAAUUCCUGAAGGAAUGUCUCUGGUGAGGAAGAGUCUGACUUCAAGAGUAGAGAAUGUUGAGGACAGCCAUGACAUGUCGGUGUUGGAUUUGCCUGAGUUGGCCUUGGAUUGCAUUCUUGAAAGGCUACCUCCCUCUGCACUGUGUCAAAUGACCACUGUUUGCCGUUCCUUGAGGGAGAGGUGUGUGAGUGAUCACCUUUGGGAGAGACACAUGAAGCAGAAGUGGGGUAGAGUUAUUGGCCCUGCUGCUUACAGGGAGUGGAAAUGGCAUGUUGCUUCCAAAAGGAAUUUUGGGCUUCUUAAACAUGGCAGGCAAAGGAGCUUGAUGAGAUUCAUGUCUCUUCGUUGGCCUUUGCAAUUGAUUAGAACAAAGGUUGAUGCCAAUAAUAGCUCCAAGCAGAGGAGCUUUUUGCCUGUUGACUCAGUCAUGAAUUGGUAUCUUGCUCUUGAGUCUGGCCACUUUUGGUUCCCUGCUCAGGUCUAUAACCGUGAGAAUGGUCAUGUUGGAUUCAUGUUAUCUUGCUAUGAUGCUGAACUUAGCUAUGAUCCACGAACUGAUACCUUUCAAGCCAGGUAUCCUCCGCAUGGAAGAAGGGCAGAUGCUAGAGAGUGUGGCAUCCCUUGGGAAAGGCUAAGAGCACCUCCUGUUGAUACUUCUCCGCAUGAUCUUCAUGUUUCUGAGUGUUUAAAUGAUUUGCAUCCGGGUGAUCACAUAGAGAUUCAGUGGAGGAAAAACAAAGAAUUUCCUUAUGGUUGGUGGUAUGGUGUUGUAGGCCACUUGGAGUCAUGCAAUGGGAGUGAAAAUUAUUGCCGAUGUCAUACUAGUGACACUGUGGUAUUGGAGUUCAAUCAUUACACUCCUGGAUCAAGAUGGAGGCAGACCACUGUCAGUAGGAAAGACCAUAGGGAGGAGGGAAAUGAGGCUGAUGGCUUUUAUGGAGGAAUAAGAAAGAUUAAGAGUGAGGCUGAGAUUGCAGUUUGGAAACGCCUUUGGCCAUCUGAAAUCUUGGAUUAGUUGGCACUGGAUCUGAUCAAAUUCUCCACCACUUAUCAUGAUUUCAAUAUAGAAGCUGUGUUUCAGCAACUGAAGCAUUGACUGUUUCUGCAUUAUACAUGGCAAUAUACAACCUGAAGAGAACUUCAGAUAUUUAGGCCAACCUGAUUUUCUUCUGUCCUUUGUCACAUUUUUUAAUGCGAAAAUUUAAUUUAUGCAUAUUCAUGUGAUUUCUCCCAUUGUAAAUUGCUCAUUUACGCACGAAUGAUGUAGAAUAUUCAUUCCACCAUAAUAUAGAAUCUAGAUGAUAAUUUCUAAGUAGUAGCUUUGAACUCACAUAGCAGUACCGCUUCCAUCCCAAUGAAUGAAGAUGUAGUUCAGACGUUA